GUUCAUUGAAAUACCUAGAACCGAACCUUGGUCCGGUUCUUGGUUCUCGUCCAACCACCUCUGAACCGAACGGAACCGGACCACGGCAGCACUACACCGAACAGAAAAUCCUUGUAGUCUGCUACACGAACCACGCCCUGGAUCAAUUCCUAGAAGAUCUCAUGAAGAUCGGUAUCCCUGACACUCACAUUGCCCGUCUCGGCGGCAGAGCAAACGCGCAGGUCGCCCAUCUUGGCGUUUCGGGGAAGAAAGAGCGUGUCACCCGAUCGAAAGCUGAUUGGACUAUCAUCGACAACCUGAAGAAUUCAUCGGGACUUCACUGCGACUCUCUAGAGGACGCCAUGGACAGGUUCAUAGCCUCCAAGAUUGACUUCAAGGACGUCCUCAUGUACAUCGAGUUCGAGGAACCGAACUUCUUUGAUGCAUUAAGAACUACAACGAAUGUCAAGAUCAACUGACACGCAAAUUCGGAGAAGGGAUGGUCGCAACCCUCAUGGGGAAGAGAAUCAUUGGAUGCACAACGACUGGAGCAGCCAAGUUCGCACAAGACAUUCGUGGGGCGAAACCUGAUGUCCUUCUCGUAGAGGAGGCUGGUGAGAUUCUCGAAAGUCACGUCCUCACUGCGAUGGGUGAGAGUACCAGUCAGAUGAUUCUCAUUGGCGAUCACAAGCAGCUGCGUCCCAAAGUCAACAACUACAAGCUGACUGUUGAAAAGGGCGAUGGAUUUGAACUCAACAGAUCACUGUUCGAGCGCCUGGUUCUCAGAGGCUUCCCUCAUGAAACUCUGACAGCCCAACACCGUAUGCGUCCGGAAAUUUCAGCGUUCAUCAGGAAGCUCACGUACCCCGACCUCACCGAUGCUGCCAAGACCCAGGGCCGUGAUGACAUUCGCGGGAUCCAGAACAACUUCGUCUUCGUCGACCACACUCAUCCCGAGGAUAAUGACCCUCGUAUUGCCGACCGAGGCGACGGGGCCUCGUCAUCGUCGAAACAAAACACCUAUGAAGUCGAAAUGGUUUGGAAGAUCGUACGCUAUCUCGCCCAGCAAGGCUAUGGGACGGACAAGCUGGUCGUUCUCACACCGUAUCUUGGGCAGCUCUCAAAGCUUCGAGAUGUUCUGAAGAGGGACAAUGACCCUGUGCUCAAUGACCUCGACUCGCACGAUCUCAUCCGCGCCGGACUUAUGUCCGCAGCUGACAAUACGUCCAAGAGGCGCAUCAAGCUUGCCACCAUAGACAACUAUCAGGGCGAAGAGAGUGAUAUUGUCAUCGCUAGUCUGACAAGGUCUAAUGAGUCCAACGACAUCGGUUUCAUGAACUCCCCUGAACGUCUGAACGUGCUGAUCUCCCGGGCUCGAAAUGGAUUCAUCCUGAUCGGGAACUCGCAGACCUUUGUGAAUGCUCGGAGGGGUAAAGAGCUCUGGGGGAAAUUCUUCGAGCUCGUCAAACAAGGCGGCUACCUGUACGAAGGCUUCCCGAUCAAAUGCGAACGGCACCCAUACCAAAAGGUCCUCAUCAAAUCUGCGUCUGAAUUUGAACUGUUUGUCCCGAUGGUGGACGCACAGAGAUAUGGUGAGAAAUUCAAAAUCAGUCAAUGUCAUUCCUACUCACACUGUCUCUAGCGACAUGAUGUUGAGCUGCGGCAUCCAUCCUUGCCCGCUAAAAUGCCAUCAGAUCUCGGACCAUUCGUAAAUGCCUUGUCAACACCCGUAUUCCGGCAUGUGUGAUGCCGAUCGCCACAAGCUGAAGUGGAAAUGUUUUCAGUCGAAGCCAGAUCCUUGUCCUGACUGUACCAAAGAAGCCAAACGUGCAGAGGAGAAGCGAAAACGCGAACUCGAG